AUGUAUUUAAAGCCGACCGGCCAGGAGGGGCGUUUUGGGAGAGGGUACGUGGGCGGUGGGAGCCGGGUGCGAUGGAGUGAGGGAGGAGCCAGCCUGCAGAUUUUUCUGGAGGAAUCAGACCCGAUGUCUCCAGAGCGGCCCUUCCCCAAGGGCGGAACGCUUUUUUCUUCGAAUGUUGUUUGGAAAGGGGGUUAUAGAAGCGUGUUUGGCUCCGUGCGAGGCGACCAGGGGCUGGGUGCGUGGCGGCGGGGACGACGGGGGCAGCGGGCCUCGCCGCGGGUACGCGCGGGCCGGCCCUUCCCUGCCUCCACUGGGCCCGGCCCGCCCGUGUCCCAGCUGCCCGCUUGGCCGUCGGGUCCCCGGGCGCGCGGGCGCCUCGACGGCUCCCCCUGCCGGAGUGCCGGGUCCCCCAACCCGCACCCGGAGGCUCCGGACUAG